UAGAGGUCUGUAUUUGUUAAGUCUGACAAGUCUAGCAUGGAGGAUCACACCACAGAAAGGAGAUGCUAGGUUGAAAAGUAAAAACAUCCUAGGAUUUAAGAGCAUGAGCCUGGAGCUAAGGCUUCUUGGCUUCACAGAAUCCACCACUUAUAAUUGUGCAAUCUUCGGACAGUUACUAAACCUCUCUUGGUUUCCAUGGUAAAACGGGCAUAGUAACUUACUGUGUGAGAUUGUCACAAGGUUUAAUAAGUUACUGCUGCUUACAAGUGCUUUCCUACAGCGGCGUCUGUUUCCCCUUAGCAAGCAACUCGGCUGUGUGUUCUGCAGCUGCUGGUGGGUUCUCUGCUCGCUCUUUGCCCACCCGCGUCAGGCCGGUCCCCCUCCGGCCUCUUCUGUGGCGCGAGGGACAGCGGAAACCGCGGUAGACAGCACCCCCUUGAGUCGAAUUCCUCCCCUUUCGGAAGAAGCCGGUUUCUCUUUGCUACUCCCGGGCCAUUUCUGGGCAACAGCUGCUAUUUUCACUUGAGCCCAAGUUAGUUUCUCGGGGAGCUCUGGGGCGCGCACGGGCAGCUCGGUUUGCCCUGCGAUUGAGCCGCGGGGUCGCGGCCGGCGCUGGCCUCUCCAAUGGCAAAUGUGUGUGGUUGGAGGCGAGCGCGAGGCUUUCAGCAAAGGCAGUCGAGUGUUUGCAGACCGGGGCGAGUUCUGUGAAAGCAGAUAAAAGAAAACAUUUAUUAACGUGUCAUUACGAGGGGAGCGCCCGGUCGGGGCUGUCGCACGCCCCGCGAAACACUUGGCUCCCUCCAGCUCCGAGAGAGGAGAAGAAAGCAGAAAAGAGGCAGAUUCACGUCGUUUCCAGCCAAGUGGACCUGAUCGAUGGCCCUCCUGAAUUUAUCACAUUUGAUUUAUUAGCGAUGCCCCCUGGUUUGUGUGUUACACACACACGCGCACACACGGCUCUGGCUCGCUUCCCUCCCUCGUUUCCAGCUCCUGGGCGAAUCCCACAUCUGUUUCAACUCUCCGCCGAGGGCAAGCGGGAGCGAGAGUGUGUCGGAUCUGCGAGUAAAGAGGGACGAGGGAAAAGAAACAAAGCCACAGACGCAACUUCAGACUCCUGCAUCCCAAAAGAAGCACCAAAUCAGCCAAAACAGAAGAUGGGUCCCCCGAGCCUCGUGCUGUGCUUGCUGUCCGCAACGGUGUUCUCCCUGCUGGGUGGAAGCUCGGCCUUCCUGUCGCACCACCGCCUGAAAGGCAGGUUUCAGAGGGACCGCAGGAACAUCCGCCCCAAUAUCAUCCUGGUGCUGACGGACGACCAGGACGUGGAGCUGGGUUCCAUGCAGGUGAUGAACAAGACCCGGCGCAUCAUGGAGCAGGGCGGGGCGCACUUCAUCAACGCUUUCGUGACCACGCCUAUGUGCUGCCCCUCACGCUCCUCCAUCCUCACUGGCAAGUACGUCCAUAACCACAACACCUACACCAACAACGAGAACUGCUCCUCGCCCUCCUGGCAGGCGCAGCACGAGAGCCGCACCUUCGCCGUGUACCUCAAUAGCACUGGCUACCGGACAGCUUUCUUCGGGAAGUAUCUUAAUGAAUACAACGGCUCCUACGUGCCGCCCGGCUGGAAGGAGUGGGUCGGACUUCUUAAAAACUCCCGCUUUUAUAACUACACGCUGUGUCGGAAUGGGGUGAAGGAGAAGCAUGGCUCCGACUACUCCAAGGAUUACCUCACAGACCUCAUCACCAACGACAGCGUGAGCUUCUUCCGCACAUCCAAGAAGAUGUACCCGCACAGGCCAGUCCUCAUGGUCAUCAGCCAUGCAGCCCCCCACGGUCCUGAGGAUUCAGCCCCACAGUAUUCACGCCUCUUCCCCAAUGCAUCUCAGCACAUCACGCCGAGCUACAACUACGCGCCCAACCCGGACAAACACUGGAUCAUGCGCUACACGGGGCCCAUGAAGCCCAUCCACAUGGAAUUCACCAACAUACUCCAGCGGAAGCGCUUGCAGACCCUCAUGUCGGUGGACGACUCCAUGGAGACGAUUUACAACAUGCUGGUUGAGACGGGCGAGCUGGACAACACAUACAUCGUGUACACCGCCGACCAUGGCUACCACAUCGGUCAGUUUGGCCUGGUCAAAGGGAAAUCCAUGCCGUACGAGUUUGACAUCAGGGUCCCGUUCUAUGUGAGGGGCCCCAACGUGGAAGCUGGCUCUCUGAAUCCCCACAUCGUCCUCAACAUUGACCUGGCCCCCACCAUCCUGGACAUUGCAGGCCUGGACAUACCCGCAGAUAUGGACGGGAAAUCCAUCCUCAAGCUGCUGGACACGGAGCGGCCGGUGAAUCGGUUUCACUUGAAAAAGAAGAUGAGGGUCUGGCGGGACUCUUUCCUGGUGGAGAGAGGCAAACUGCUACACAAGAGAGACAAUGACAAGGUGGACGCCCAGGAGGAGAACUUUCUGCCCAAGUACCAGCGUGUGAAGGAACUGUGCCAGCGCGCUGAGUACCAGACGGCGUGUGAGCAGCUGGGACAGAAGUGGCAGUGUGUGGAGGACGCCACGGGGAAGCUGAAGCUGCAUAAGUGCAAGGGCCCCAUGCAGCUGGGUAGCAGCAGAGCCCUCUCCAACCUCGUGCCCAAGUACUACGGGCAGGGCAGCGAGGCCUGCACCUGUGACAGCGGGGACUACAAGCUCAGCCUGGCCGGACGCCGGAAAAAGCUCUUCAAGAAGAAGUACAAGGCCAGCUACGCCCGCAAUCGCUCCAUCCGCUCAGUGGCCAUCGAGGUGGACGGCAGGGUGUACCACGUAGGCCUGGGUGAUGCCGCCCAGCCCCGAAACCUCACCAAGCGGCACUGGCCAGGGGCCCCUGAGGACCAAGAUGACAAGGAUGGUGGGGACUUCAGUGGCACCGGAGGCCUUCCCGACUACUCAGCCGCCAACCCCAUUAAAGUGACACAUCGCAGGUGCUACAUCCUAGAGAACGAUACAGUCCAGUGUGACCUGGACCUGUACAAGUCCCUGCAGGCCUGGAAGGACCACAAGUUGCACAUCGACCACGAGAUUGAAACCCUGCAGAACAAAAUUAAGAACCUGAGGGAAGUCCGAGGUCACCUGAAGAAAAAGCGGCCAGAAGAAUGUGACUGUCACAAAAUCAGCUGCACCUACCUCUGGAUCAAAGAACUUCUAGGACAUCAAGCCAAUUAUCUUCUGUAAUACCCUACCCCUAAUAUAGAUACCCCCAACUCACCUCAGAUAUUAAAUACUGAUAACUAAGUAGCACUGUUAUUGAUAUUUACACCUUUCAAUCCAGAUGCAGUUUAGAAAAGUGGCAUCAUAAUAUGAACAUUAACAAUGUAACUUCCAUUUUUUUUUAAAGGAAGAAACAUGUAUCUCCUUUAUAUCAUUCUAAUCUUUAUAAAAUAUAUAUAUUUUAUUUAUAUAUCUUUGGAUUCAGCAAAAAAAAAAAAAAAAAAAAGUAGGUACUGGAAAUAUCCCACAUUGUAAAAGCAGAUGAAAAGAUUAUACUGUUCACCCAACAGAUACCAAGGUUUGAAAAAAUGGGGGGUGCUGGGGUGUGGAGAGGUAGACAGCAGGAGUACAAAGAAUUAUCUAAAAAAGAUAAAGGGCAAUACAGGUAAAAACAAAUUAUCUCAAAGACUGCACCUAUUAAAAGAAAAUCAAAAUCUUGAGUUUGCACCAAAUGAACAAGUAGAAAAUAUAAAAACUUACAAUAAACUUCAUUUUUCUACCAUAUAAAAAAGGGAGUGCUGCCUUCCAGUUAGCCUGCAGCCAGGUCUGAGGAAAGGAUUGCAAAAAAAUUUAUUUUUUUUUUUUUAAUAAUUUUUUUAAAGUCAAGAAAGGUAAGAGCACCAUUCUGUUUCUCCCCACACACAUCGCUUAAAGAAGGUUCAGACACAAUUGAGCUGAAAAACACAGAGACAGACUGACUUGGUUGUACCUCUGUCUCCAAACAGGAGAGUAUACUAUCUGAAAAGCACAGGCCACUACAAUGGAAGUUUUCAGAUUUACAAUCUUAAGAUAUAUUUUGAAGUUGGUGGGGGGAAGAGGGCAAACUCAUAAUUGUCUAUACUGCUUUGAAACUAAGAUCCACUCUAGUGGUGGAUCUGGAAAUAAUCAGGAUUCACUUGUAAGCAUAUCAAAGAUAUUAAAUGAUCUUACCUUCAGAGACAUCUAGAAAGACUGACUAAAUGUGUGAAAUUCUUAAAAUUACCUGGCUCUCAGUUAUUGCUAGAAAAUGACACCAAGGCUAGCAGAGACCUCUGAAAUUCACAGACAUUCAGAAACCCAAUUCCUUCAACUAUCUGAACCAAAUGAAGUAACCCAGAUAAAGGGAAUUAAACUUCAUGUUUCCCUUCCUCCCAACUGACUAAAACAGGUGUCAAAGAGAGGCAACAGCAGAAAGUGGCAGGGGGCAGAAAAGGGAGGGGUUUCAAAGGUGCUCAGUUAGACUGUGGCUCUGAAUCACAGUCAAACUGGCUGUUCUGGGUACUGAGUUCCUUAAGAAGUAACAGUGACACUAUUCUAAUCCACAGGGACAUAAUGAAAGCAUCACAUUAGUAUAAUGAGGGGACAGCUGAGCAGACACCAGAAACCACACCAAGGAUUCUACUCGAGAUCUCAAUGUGGGAUUCAGGUCUUAGCAACCAAAAUCUGAAAACGCUCCUAAAGGGGAUGAAAAGGUAACAUAAUUGAACAUACACACACACACACACACACACAACUCAUGAAUUGCUAUUAUUUUGAACUGCUUAAAAUCCAAAAGAUUCUCUUCAAAUUGCUCGAUUUUUUAAAAUUCCUGAUUUUUUUUUUUUUAAGUUUAUUUCCCCAUAUCUAUUCUUUCCCCCCAAAUUAACAAAGUGCUUAGUUCUGGUAGAGGAAUUUUUAAAAAAUUAAAAUGCCUACAUCUAAACAAAUAAUCUCUUUAAAAAGCAUUUAGAUUAAGAGAUUGAAGAGCGAGGCAUCUAAGGCUGGGGGUGGGGAAGGAAAAGCUGUGGAGCACUACCCCUCCGCCAGGCCACGGAAGUCAAGGGAUGUCUCUUCCACUGGUAGCCUCUCCACACACAGCUUACUGAAAUCAACAAUGUUAAAUAUUUAGCUUCACAAACUCUGUAAAAAUGAGUUGUUGUGACCUACAAAAAAAGGUAUAUACAUAUUUUACAUAAUACAAUAUCUUAAAGGUCGUAUUUACAAAAAAGUCUAUUCACAGAAACACUGCGAGAUUCUGAUUCAGAAUGCAGUACCUGGCCUUGGGUUUUCAGAAGUUUAUUUUCAAAAAGCAUUAUUGCUCUACCAUAUAGGCAAAGGGUGACACCAGUACUUUAAAAAAAAAAAAAAUCAUAGUUCUUGUCCAACACGUAAGUGUAGACAAAAACCAGGAAUGUGUUUCACUAUUCCCUCAAGACCUCAAGAAUAUUGCAUUUAUCCAUUACUUUUUAAAUAAAGUGCACUCAGCUGCACAUUAGCAUGUGAAAAGUUUGCUACUGCUGCAAUUAAAUACUGUCAUCUCAUUUCCCUUCUGCAAAGCCAUCUGGACAUCCAUGACAGUUCCUGGAGGUGAAGUAUUACAGCACAUGAACGGCAAAUGAAAACCUUCAUUAGGAGAAAACCUAGGACAAAUAAUAGGGACAGAGCAACUCAACACCAUCAGUAAAGGACAAUUCAGAAUCAUCAGUUCCACUGGACAGAGGGUCAACACAGAACUACUUGGUAG